GGGCCGGCGCGGAGCCGCCGCAGCUGAGGACCGGCAGCCGCCUCAGGCAGCGCUCGGCCUGCGGGAGGGCGCGCCGGCUCCGGCCUCGGGAAGGGUCUGGGCCGCCGGGACAUGGUGCGGGCCGCGCCGCGCCGCAGCUGAGCUCGCGGGCCUCGUAGGCUCGGACGCGCCGCGGGAAGAUGUUCUCCGCCCUCAAGAAGCUCGUGGGGUCGGAGCAGGCCCCGGGCCGGGACAAGCACAUCCCCGCCGGGCUGCAGUCCAUGAACCAGGCGCUGCAGAGGCGCUUCGCCAAGGGGGUGCAGUACAACAUGAAAAUCGUGAUCCGGGGAGACAGGAACACGGGCAAGACGGCGCUGUGGCACCGGCUGCAGGGCAGGCCGGACUCUGGGCUCUCGCACCUGACGCGUCUUCCUCUCUUUGCCCCAGUGAAAAUCGUGAUCCGGGGAGACAGGAACACGGGCAAGACGGCGCUGUGGCACCGGCUGCAGGGCCGGCCGUUCGUGGAGGAGUACAUCCCCACGCAGGAGAUCCAAGUCACCAGCAUCCACUGGAGCUACAAGACCACUGACGACAUCGUGAAAGUGGAAGUCUGGGAUGUGGUCGACAAAGGAAAAUGCAAAAAACGAGGAGAUGGCUUGAAGGUGGAGAACGACCCCCAGGAGGCGGAGUCAGAAAUGGCCCUGGACGCCGAGUUCCUGGACGUGUACAAGAACUGCAACGGAGUGGUCAUGAUGUUCGACAUCACCAAGCAGUGGACCUUCAACUACAUCCUGCGGGAGCUUCCCAAGGUGCCGACCCACGUGCCGGUGUGCGUGCUGGGGAACUACCGCGACAUGGGCGAGCACCGGGUCAUCCUGCCCAGUGACGUGCGCGACUUCAUCGACCACCUGGACAGGCCCCCAGGCUCCUCCUACUUCCGCUACGCCGAGUCUUCCAUGAAGAACAGCUUUGGCCUCAAGUACCUGCACAAGUUCUUCAACAUCCCGUUCCUGCAGCUCCAGAGGGAGACGCUCCUGAGGCAGCUGGAGACCAACCAGCUGGACACGGACGCCACGCUGGAGGAGCUGUCGGUGCAGCAGGAGACGGAGGACCAGAACUACGGCAUCUUCCUGGAGAUGACGGAGGCCCGGCGCCGUGGCCACACAUCCCCGGUAGCAGCCAACGGGCAGAGCCCACCCCUGGGUUCCCAGUCGCCGGCCGUGCCCCCGAGCACUGCGUCUCUGGGAAGCUCUGGCUCCGGCGUACCCCAGCUCCCCCUCAGCGCCCCUGCAGCCUGCCCCCAACAGCCAUCCUCCACACCCCCCACCCCCCUCCCCGAGGCCCCCGCCCCUGCCCCGAGGCGCAGCAUCAUCUCCCGGCUGUUUGGGACCUCGCCAGCUCCAGACACGGCCCCUCCACCUCCAGAGCCGGCCCCAGCUGCAGCGGCCCCCGCGAGCGUCCAGAAGGUGGAGGACUUCGUCCCCGAGGACAGCCUUGACCACAGCUUCCUGGAAGACACAGCCCCCCAGAAAGAGGAGAAGUCCGGAGCCCCACAGCCAGACAGCGACAGUGAUGGCGAGGCAGGGGGCGGGAACCCGAUGGUUGCAGGUUUCCAGGACGACGUGGACCUAGAAGAUCAGCCGCCCGGUGGGGCCCUGCCGUCCUCGGGCCCUGUCCCCAGUAAGAACAUCAGUCUCUCGAGCGAGGAAGAAGCAGAGGAGGUGGCCUGUCCCCCCAGGCCCACUGCCCUGGCUCCCCAGCAGUGCCCAGAGCCAGAGACCAAACGGUUCCACACCAAGGCCUCCGGGCCACAGGGCGGACCAGCCCCGCCGAGAGACACCGCGCCCCGCUGGCCAGCCAGCCAGGGUCCCAAGAACCUGGGCGACACGGGGCGCCCUGCCGAGGGCUCCCAGGGGAAGGCACAGGCGUCGUCCUCGGAGAGUGACCCCGAGGGGCCCAUUGCCGCCCAGAUGCUGUCCUUCGUCAUGGACGAUCCCGACUUCGAGAGCGGCGAGUCCGACACGCAGAGGAGGGUGGCCGAGUUCCCGGUGCGAGAAGACCCCUCCGAUGUGACCGACGAGGAUGCCGGCCCCGCCCAGCCCCCGCCGCCCCCGCCGCCCCCCAUCUCCGCCUUCAGGGUGAAGAGUGGCACAGAUCUCUUCGGGCUGGGGCCGGAAGAGCCGGGGGCUAAGGAGAGCAGCGACGAAGGGAAGGCGGGCAAAGCUCCCUCCACGGAGAAGAGGAGGAAGAAGAGGAGCAAGGAGGAGGAAGACAAGGCCGGCAAGAAGAGCCGGGCCAAGGGCAGGGAGGAGCGGCGGAGGAAGAAGAAGGAGAGGAAGGCCGCGGGCGAGCUGGAGGCCUUCCUGGGGGGCGGGGCCCCCAGCAGCCGCCACCCUGGGGGCGGGGACUAUGAGGAGCUCUAGGCCCCCCGGAGGAGGGGGCGCGCUCCUGCCGCCGACUGGGGAGUUCGCUGCUGCAUGGCCCGGGACCCCGCCGCCGCCUCGCCCCCACCCGCUCUGUGCUUGCUUCGGCGAAGAGGCUGGGGCCAGGCUGCAGGCUGGGCCUCCGUGGAGGGGGCGGAGCCCGGCCACUCCCGCGUUUCUCAGGGAUGACGGAGGAGGGAGUGUUUACAGGGGCAGGCGUGGGGGUGCCCACGAGGCUCGGGCGGGGGCAGCCCCUCCGCGUGGACCACGGCCCCGGCACAGGCGUGCAGGCCCACAAGGGCACCGCAGCACCGGGGCCGCGCCCCAGGCAGGAGCGGAGGCCCCUCCACACUUUGCUCGGACCAUAAAGCUCUCCUGUCUCACCGCUGCGUGCGUGCGUGU